CACCGCAGUUGAAGAGUCGUAAUCUUUCAUUGAAUUUUCAUCAGAAGAACGAGAACAAGAGUGCGAAAUAAAUUGCAUUCGCAUGAGGUUUCGGGAGUGGAAUCUUUGGUAGUGCUAUUCACAAAUUCCAAAGGUGACCAGUGAUUGUUUCGGUGACGGGCAGCAGAGCAGCAGCAGCAGCAGCAAGCACGGAAAAGAAAACAAUAAAAAAAAACAAAACCAUUCAACAUUUCGUAGGCUGCUGCUGGGUAGAGCAGUGUGUGUGUGUGUGUGGGUAAGCUGGCUGUGCCCUACGUGUGAUUCGUGCAUGUGCUGCUGUGUGUAGUGGUGUGGCACAGGGAACGUUUCUGAGCUGUUUUAUUUGUCGUUUUUCGUAUUGCCUUUUUUUCCCUCAACUUGCAGAUCUCGUUCGUCCCGUGAAUAAUUCGAUUGUAGUUCGGCGACGGCAAGCUUCGAUUGCUCCAAAUCUUCGGUUUUUUUUGGCGUGUGUGAGGGGUUUUUUUUUUGGUUCGAAACGUCACGACGUCGUUGUUUUAUUUGCGUUUUUGUUUUUCUCGUUGCGCCCUCCCCGUGUGUGUGUGUGGCUGGAUGUGCGAGCGGAGAAGGGUGGUGGCGGUGGGGGAAAAUCACAAGUGAUUCUUCGCUCUGCAGCAGUGUUGUACCCUACCGUGGCAGGCACACCGAUCGAAAGGUAUAUUGGAAAAUUCAAGUGAAGAAAAAAAACCUUAGUGUGCAAGAGGUUGGGUGAAGAAAACGGGUGCUCGCGCGUGUGUGUGUGUGGUGCACAGUGUGCGACAGUGUUGUGUGGGGUUGUGUGGUAUCUCGUAAGAUUUUUCGUCCCCAAUCGUGUGAAUCGUGAGAAGCAAUUUCUGCAAAUAUAGGAAUCAGUUGCUAGCUCUACUUCCGCGAGCUUCGAAGUGUGUCAGCUCAAGUGUCGCGUCAAAGCAAUCUCUGCGUGUCCCUUCAACCAACGUUCGCGGAGUGUGUGUGUGUGUGUGAGUGGCUCAAGUUCGCGUACACGCUACGUAAACAGAUCAUCAACCUGAGUAGGCAACAGCAGUAUUAACAACAACACCAGCAGCAGUUCGUGCGUGAAGGCCUCGUCGUCGCCGUUGCUGCCCCGGAAGUGAGAAUGGAUUCCGAUGAUGAAAGCUUCGAGGAGCACGACUCGGGCAACGUGUCCAGCGGAGAUGACGAUUUCGCGAUGGACGUGGACAUCAACAAUCCGCGGGACCGUGGCCAAGAGACGGACGAGUACCCGUACGAUGUACUUACGACCGACGAAAUCGUUCAGCAUAUGGUCGACUGCAUCAAGGACGUGAACACGGUCGUGGAGAUCCCAGCUACCAUCACCCGGAUUUUGUUAAACUAUUUCAAAUGGGACAAGGAAAAGCUGAUGGAACGGUUCUACGACGGUGAUCAAGAUAAGCUAUUUAAGGAUGCGCACGUUAUCAACCCGUUUCGGAAGCCAAGUUUAGCACUCAAGCCAAAGAUCAAAAAGUCCAGAACGGAGGAUUGUGAAAUAUGCUACUCGACGUUUCCUCCCAGUGGUUAUCGAGUAAAAGUGGGAAAGUUGGAGCAGGAUCCUUCCCAAGUAGAAGUGGAAUAUGUAGAGGGGAUGAUGACCGGUUUGGAAUGCGGACACCGUUUCUGUACGCAGUGCUGGCAAGAGUACCUGACCACAAAGAUCGUCGAGGAGGGGCUCGGUCAGUCGAUAGCGUGUGCGGCUCAUGGAUGUGAUAUACUGGUCGAUGAUGUAACGGUGAUGCGAUUGGUGCAGGAUUCGCGAGUCAAACUCAAAUACCAGCACCUUAUCACCAAUAGUUUCGUCGAGUGUAAUCGGUUGUUACGGUGGUGUCCAUCGGCCGACUGCACGUAUGCGAUUAAGGUGCAGUACGUCGAUCCGCGACCAGUUGUCUGCAAGUGCAACCACGUGUUCUGCUUCGAGUGUGGUGAAAAUUGGCACGAUCCGGUACAGUGCCGGUUGCUGAAGAAAUGGAUCAAAAAGUGUGAUGAUGAUUCGGAAACUUCCAACUGGAUUGCCGCCAACACGAAGGAGUGUCCGAAGUGUAAUGUAACAAUAGAGAAGGACGGUGGCUGUAACCAUAUGGUGUGCAAAAAUCAAAACUGCAAACAUGACUUCUGCUGGGUAUGUCUCGGAUCUUGGGAACCGCAUGGUUCUUCCUGGUACAACUGCAACCGAUACGAUGAGGACGAAGCGCGUGCGGCACGUGACGCUCAGGAAAGGUUGCGUUCAACGUUGGCAAGAUAUCUACAUUACUACAAUCGCUACAUCAACCACAUGCAGUCGCUUAAAUUUGAACACAAGCUGUAUGCAGCUGUAAAGGAAAAGAUGGAAGAAAUGCAGCAGCAUAACAUGUCUUGGAUUGAGGUCCAAUUUCUGAAGAAGGCUGUCGAUAUUCUCUGCCAGUGUCGUCAGACACUUAUGUGCACUUACGUGUUUGCCUACUAUCUUAAAAAGAAUAAUCAGUCACAGAUAUUCGAGGAGAAUCAAAAAGAUUUGGAAACGGCCACUGAAACGUUAUCCGAAUACUUGGAGCGUGAUAUAACGUCGGAAAAUUUGGCAGACAUUAAACAGAAAGUACAGGAUAAAUACAGAUACUGCGAGAAGCGCCGGAAAGCGUUGCUGGAUCACGUACACGAAGGCUAUGAGAAGGAUUGGUGGGAAUACACCAACUGAUGAUGAUGUUGCUAGCAAAUGGUGUACAAGUGCGUUCUGAUCUGAAGCGUUCGAACUUAAUAUGUAGGAGGACAUCUAUUAAUUUAUAGCUUUGUUUGGGUAGCAUCUCCGCGUCGACACACGGUGGCACGGUCUGGUACACAACACAUCCUUUCGCGGAAGAAGGAUGCCGUCUUGAGCCCGUGUUCCCCUUUUGCCCGUAAUUAGUCCAUCGAGCUACGUGUCUUUGAUAUCAAGACCAAUUUCAAUUCUACCCUUCCCAAAUCCUUCCCCCUCACCACCCCAAAAAAAAACGCCCAAACAAGCCUUCACUCAGUAACAAUGCUAUGUUUAAAUUAUAACCGAAAAGAUAGCCAAAGUAGGUUUUGUUAUCUACCGCUAAAGUAGAGAAAGAGAGAGAGAGAGAAAGGAGGAAAAAUUUAGCAUAUCGUGCAGUUUCCAAAAUUGUAUCAGGCACACCAGACACAGAACAAUGCUAGAGCUGAUCCUUUCUUUGAGCUGCUACGAGUUUUAUUUUCGUUUGCUUUUCUCGAUUGAUAUGGGUUUCAAACAGAAGCGAGAGAGAAAAAAAACCUCACAAAAUAGACAAAGUGAAAUUGUUAUUUUUGCUCCCAUUUGUUGUUUAGUUUGCUGUUUACAAUAGACACACAGAAAAACACACGUAAUUAUAGGAACUGUAAGCCCUAGGCUAGUUUACAACAUGUAUCUUUCCGGAGUGUUUUACAUCGGAAAAACACAAAACAGCUGGAACAGUUGCAUGAAGUUGUGUAAGUGAACUAAACAGAAAAAAAGGUUAACAAACGUAUGAUCCACUAAAUGUUGUGUUAUUUGAGUUGUGAAAUUUAUGUACGAAUUGCUUUCCACGCAGCGAUGAAGAUUGCACUACUAUUAUCUGAGUUCCGGAUUAGUAUUUUGUUUUUCGGGGCAUCUGUACUUGUGGUCUCGGUGGUUGUUGUAAAACCAAAAAAACAAAACAAACAAAAACAGUUUACUCUAUGCUUGCUGUGUUGCAUGUGUUGUUUUUUUUGCUUUAAUUUAAACUUAAUUGAUAAAGUAGACAAUUUUACAAUUUAGAUACGGUAAACAAACACACGACCGCUGGUGCCUGGUGCGUUGCGUCGUGUGUUUUUACGUUUUAAUUUUCAUACAUACACAUACCACCGGGCCACAAGCACGAUUCCCUUUGCCCUCGUUCCCUAUUCUGUUCUUUGCUGGAAAGCCAUCUUGCCAUCUAUCUGUUUCACACACACGAACCGAUCGUUUUCGCGUACUUUGGUAGUUGUGUGGAUAUUUGAAGUGUGAUAAUAAAAAUACAGGUGGUACAAAUCGGAAAAA